AGCAAGAAAAAUUCUUUAGUUUUUAAAAACUCCGAAUUUCGCUCAUUUCAUCCCACAUUUGAAGACCGUUUUGAGUGCCUUUUCGUCCGUUUUUCCGUUUCUUCCCAUCGGCUUUGUAAAAAAAAAAAAAAAAAAUGCUUUCUUUUCUCGUCUCUCACCCACCAAAAUUCUCUGCAAAAACAUUGUCCAGAAAAUUACAGUUUCAAAUCCCUCUUCUCAUUCUUCGUCGCCAUUAUUCCCACCAUUGUUUUAUGGUUUGGGUUGGUGUAUAGGAAGUGGAAGAAAUGGCGUAUAAGGUAGAUCACGAAUACGAUUACCUCUUUAAGAUAGUAUUAAUUGGAGAUUCGGGCGUUGGAAAAUCAAACAUACUAUCUAGGUUUACGAGAAACGAGUUCUGUUUGGAGUCUAAGUCCACCAUUGGGGUUGAAUUUGCAACUCGGACUUUACAGGUAGAAGGGAAGACAGUUAAGGCACAGAUAUGGGACACAGCUGGUCAGGAAAGAUACAGAGCCAUCACCAGUGCUUACUACAGAGGCGCUGUUGGUGCACUCCUGGUUUAUGACAUAACCAAGAGGCAAACAUUUGACAAUGUGCAGAGGUGGCUCCGUGAACUCAGGGACCAUGCAGACUCGAAUAUUGUUAUCAUGAUGGCUGGUAACAAAGCUGACCUGAAUCAUCUGAGAGCAGUCUCAGCAGAAGAUGCUCAAGUCUUGGCUGAGAAGGAAUGUCUUUCAUUCCUGGAGACUUCAGCACUUGAAGCAUUUAAUGUUGAGAAGGCAUUCCAGACCAUUUUGUUGGAUAUAUAUCACAUAAUAAGCAAAAAGGCAUUGGCAGCACAGGAGGCUGCUUCCACCACAGGGCUUCCUCAAGGCACUACCAUUAAUGUUGCAAAUCUGUCAGGUAACAUGAACAAGAAAGCUUGUUGCUCUAAUUAACUAACAAAGUUAUAUCUCUGUAGAGAGGAACAGUCCAGAGCACGUUCUUGGACAAUUUUGUUUUAUGGUGACAAAGGGGUGUGAGUUAUAAUUUCUACCAUUUUGUCAUAUAGUUUCCACCAGAGAGAUGGGAAAAGAUAAGCUUAUAGUAUAUAAGAAUUUCCACAGUUAAAGAUGAAUAUGACUGUUUGGAAGUGUUUCAUCUUUUUUUAUUUUCACUGCUACUAGAACUUGUAAUGGUGGGGAAUUUUAGUGUCAAGGUAUAGACAAGGGUUAGACGAAAGAAGCGUUGUAAUUGUAGUUUCACUUUAUUUGUUAUUCAUUUUUUUUUUUUUUUUGGGUUAAAUUCCUUUUAACCUUUUGUAUGCUGGUUUAUUAUUUGGUUUUCUGCAAUAAAUCCCUUAGAUGAGUCUUUGAUGAUUAUGUAUAUAUAA